AUGGAAAAACAAAGCCCAUCAAACUCAAAAGCUUCGUUAUCAUUCAAUGAAUGCCAAGUCUGCUCAGCACCAAAGAAAUUUCAAAAUGGCGGUGGCAGAGUAAGUUAAUCUGUUUCUUAUGUCACGUGAAGCUCCUGUACAACGAACUUUUUAAUAAUCAAUCAAUUUUUAUUUUUGAAGUUUUUCGUUUUACAAGAGUUCUAUUACCAUAUACGUGUAAAACAUAAGCGGCUUAUAGGUCUUCUGCGGCUGAUUUCUUCUUCAAAACAGUUCAGUAACAAAAAUUACUUAUAUAUAUUUAUGCUUUACUUUUAUUAUUUGUACUUACUGAAUGAUAGUUUAUAUCUUUUACAGCUUUGCCGAAGUUGUGCUGCGUUUUUUCGACGUUACGCAGCCACAAAUCGACGAUAUUACUGUGCAGCAGGGAAGAACGUCUGUAAAAUUUACUACAGUAAGUGACUACGAUUUUCAACAUUACACAUACUUUUAUAGCCAGUACAACUUUUGUAUGACCUAUUGCCUACUUAAAAUUAAAAAAAAACUCAAGAUUUGCCUGUAACAAAAUCAAGUCUUGAUUGUAGUUUAUUUUAGAAGACACCUUCAAAUGCAAAUCCUGCAGAUUUGAGCAAUGUCAACAAGAGCUGAACACAAUAAUUGGGGCACCAAAGAACUUGAACAACGAUAUUUUUUUGAAUGUUUAUAGGAAUGGCACUACGUCGCUGGCUUGUCAGCUUGUUAAAGCAUUUAACAAUGUGUACGAGUUUGAGUACGAAAACGCCAAAAAGAACAACCCAGCAACGGUUUUUAAUCGCGUAAGUAAUAGCAUUCUCUUACCUUUUUCAACUUCACGUUUUGAGGCUGUCUAUAUUACAAUAUUUAAGCUGCUUAAACCUACAAAGGAGCAAACGUUAGAGUUUGUUGGGUUGGGAAACCAAAAAACCAUUGGCACUUUUAUCGAUUGUAUAAGCCAUAUGACAUUUCAAACGCCAGAACAAUUUGUAAGUUUUUAGACUAUUUAAUUGAAAAUAUAUUUUAAAUAGCUGAUUGUUUGUUAAGUUGAUAUACAAUAGAACUCCUGAAACGAAUAGCUUGUGGAUUUAAAAUUUGUUCGUUAAAAACAGUUUCCAAGGGCUUUUGAACUGGCUUUGGGACAGCUCCAUCUCUAGGGUUGAAGACGGAUCGGAAAUUGGUAAAACAGCAGAGACGAAGCUGAACCAAAGCAGAAAUCACUCUUUGAAGAUAAAAAUUUUUAUGGUAAAUACAAAAUGUCGGUUCCUUUCAGUUGCUGAGAUAUAUCUACAGCUGCACACGUUUUUCACUGUAUUUGAUAAAUGUAUUUCUCACAAAUAAAAAAGUUAUUAUAAAUUUAUAUCUUUUUUUAUUUUAGAACGACUUUAAAGCUCGGAUACAACAAGAAUUGGCUUUGCUGAAACUAGGGUACUUGUCUCCGAAGUGCUACCCUAACGAGUACGAUCCUCACUCCGUAUGUUUCCCUGGAUUCGCCAUAAACCUUUUGGAAGACGACUGGUGGUUGGACCAAGAAACAAUUACCGCAGGCGUGUUAAAUACAAUUGAAUUUUUUUUAAGUAGAGAACAAAUUAUGUUGAAAUAAUUUUUUAAUUUUGAAAUUGAAAAAAAAGAAACUUGUAACAAUUUAUGGCGCUAGUACAAAUGUGGUUUUUGAACAUUUGCGGAUUUUUUAAAGUGGUUUUUUUUAUUUUUUAAUUAAUUUGGUUGUAGUAAGUCCAAAAACUGCAUUUGUCCAUUUUAUCUAAUAAAUGCCUGCUUUUUUACAUGGACAUGUUCACAAUGUCAAAUUUGUUAGAGCUAGAAGAAAAUGUAGAAAAAAUGAAGUUAACUUUAAUAUUUUAAUUUAGUGAUUUUAAAAUUUUAAAUUCAAUUGUAUUUAACACAUUUUUCGGCUGUUUUUUUAGAGUAAGUUACUUUUUGUUGUAGCGUAGUACAUAUUUGCUACUAUGUAGAAUUGUAAAUCAUUCUGUGCCUCAACUCCAAAAAUUUGCUUUGAUACAAAGCACAGAAUUUUAUGAACAAUUGAACAAUCCAAUAUUUUUAUAACAAGUUUGUCUAUAUCAAAAUAUAUAACAAGCAAUUUUGCAGCCUACGUCACUUGUUUAACUUUACCUUCGUUCAAUUAAUACAGCAUUUUCGAGUUGCUAAGAUGACAAUUCAAGACUACAGCAUUAUUUUGUUGAUCACUCUUUGUCGACAUUGCAAGUUUUCAAUUUUACUUCGUAUAACGGUCUAUAGUGUAACGAAAAUUUUGUAUAACGAAACUUUUAAGUUCUUGAAGUAUCCUCUUUUACAAGUUUAGCUUUAUUGUUUUAUGCUUGAAACAUUACUAUUACAAUGGCCUAUAGUAUAAAGUUAUAGAUGAAGAUGUCAGUGGAAUAAGCGACAAGCUUGAAGGUUACAAAGACCGAGUGCUUAGAGAAUGGUCGGAAAAUUUGCAAAGGCGCUAUAACGAAGGUUUUUAUACCCCCCCCCCGUGGCUAAAAGAACGGACCCGUGACCCCCCCCCCGCCCCCGCGGGGGGCGAGCAAAAUACCCGCGCUCGGGUACGGGUAUUCCAAAAGGUUAAAAAAGGGGUUAGUGACUUUUCCGGGAAUGCAGUUUCGGUGAAUGCAUUUUCGGGGAAGACUUUUGGGGAAUGGCUUUUCGGGGAAUGGACCUUUCGGGGGAUGGACUCUUCGGGGAAUGCAUUUUCGGGGAAUGUACCCUUCGGGGAAUAAACUUUUCGGGGAAUAAACCCUGACUAAAUCACAUGUGCCUUUAUUAAGUAUCGUUAACGUUGACAUCGAUCGUACCAUGAACGUUCCUAUGACACUUUUUUGUAUGCUUUUAAUGUUAGGUCGCAUGCCUGUUAGAGUACUGUGAAAGUUAUCGUACCGUGCCGUGAACGUUCUAAUGUUACUGCUUUUUCUGGUUCGCAAAAACAUCUGAUAGUAAAUUAUAAUCGUACUUCAAAAACAGUAACAUUUGAACGUUCACGGCACGGUACGAUAACUUCCACAGUACUCUAACAAGCAUGCGACCUUACAUUUACAUCCUACAGUUUAAAAAAGUAUACAAAAAAGUGUCAUAGAAAUGUUCAUGGUACGAUCGAUGUCAACGUUAACAAUACUUAAUAAAGGCACAUGUGAUUCAGUCAGUGAGUGUAAUGUGAUUCGGUCAUAUUAAAAUUUUUAUAUUAUUUAAAAAGAUUGAUAAAAUUUAAAAAAUUCAGAAAAAAAAAUAAAAUUUUACUCUAGGACGUCUUUUUUUAAAAAUUAUUUCAAAGAUGACGAGGAAACAGACGAAUCCGCAGACGAAGAUUAAGUAAACUUACUUUUUUGUGUUUUAAAUGUUUUGAUUUAUAAAGUGGUUAUUUGUUUAUGAAAAUUUUUUAGUGCGCUAAACGUUUUGACGAAAAAUACCUUUUUUUGAAAAAAAAAUAGUAAAAAUUGUGGCAUUUAUGUAUAUUUAGGCAAAAUUAUAUUCACACCCGUACCCCCCCCCCGCGGGUACGGGUGUGAGUCUCACCCCCGCCUCAUACCCGCGGGUAUUAAAAUUUGGAUUUUUCGCGGGGGCGACGGGUGCGGGUAUGGCAAAUACCCGCACCCGCAGAACACUAAUUUUCCAACAUAUUUUUUGACGAUGAACCUUCUAACAUAGGCUCUGACGAUAGGCAAGCCUACUUAUAGGUUCAAAUAAUUGCUUUCAGGAUGCUCGUGUAUUUGCUUCAAACUUUCGUAGUUACACUGAAACAUUAGCAACGUCGGGAAGUACUGAAAUAGUAAGUUAGUAACGUGUUAACAAGGAAUGCAUAUGUUAAUAGUUUUUAUAUUUUUUCAUUAUCAAACUCAAAAAAAUUUUUAAAAAUUGAUUAUUUUAGGGGAGCAGUUUUGCGUCAGAUUUGGUCAAAGGCUUAAAGACAUUGUAUAUAUAA